AUGUCGAGAAUUGAGAGUCACUUGUCAUUAUCCUGUCGGGUGGAGGGAGAAAAUGAAAAGCCCAAUAGGGAGGUUGACCGGCUCUCUGCUGAGGUUCAAGACUAUGAAAAUUUUCUGGACGAUUUGCGAAACUCAGCAGAGUCUCGCACGGCGGACUGGAUCAAGACUUUGCUAGAAAAGCAUGAAUUGAAGGGAGAGGGUGCCUUUGACCAUGCGCGCUCCUAUCUCUCUACACCUCAAAACGACGCGGACCCAGAUGAAACGUCUCCGCUCUCAUCAAUUGGGUCGCUCGACGCCAUUGACCGAGUGGACGAGGAUCAUAACCGAUCAGAACACACUCGGGCAACGGGCUAUAUGGGCAAAAGCUCGGAAAUCACUUGGAUGCAACGGCUGCAGAGAGAGGCUGAACAGCGUGCCCGUGGCAAGUGUGGUGCUUUAGAAUCCGAAGGCGAUGAAGACGACGAAACAAAGGAUAGGUUCUCACUCAGCGCCUUAAACUAUCACCUCGACGACCUCAGUAUAUCCGUGCCCGAACCAAUACAGAAGUAUUUCAUGCCGCCUCGACAUCUAGCGGACCGACUCUUUGACGACUACUUGAAUACCGUUCACCCUUUUUUCCCUAUUAUCAGCAAAUCACUAUUCUGCGCACAGUACCAGACCUUUUUUGACAACUCCGCUCGAUCUAACUCCGUCCGACCUGGCGAUAAAUGGCUCGCCAUUCUGAAUGUCAUCUUCGCUAUCGCUGCAAAGCACGCCCACCUCAUGAACUCACCAUGGCGAGGGCCAGCGAACGACCAUUUGAUGUACCUAGCCCGUGCUAGGCUUCUCAGUAUGAACGCUGAGGUCUUGUUCGCGCAUCCCGACCUCCAACAAGUUCAAGUGGAAGGGUUGAUCGCGUUUUACCUCCUUGCCUCGGACCAAAUCAACAGGGCCUGGAGAAUAUCAGCUUUGGCAGUGCGCUCUGCAAUCACCCUCGGUAUCAACCUGAAAAACAACAGUUUGAAGACUCCCAACAUCUCUAAAGAAGCUCGGUAUAAGGUAUGGUGGUGCAUAUACUCCUUUGAGCAUAUGUUAGGCAUCAUGACCGGUCGGGCGAUUUCUACAUUGGAUGGAGGAUACGCGACCCCGUUGCCAUUGCCAUACGAAGAGGAUCAACUCCAAGAUGAUCCGGCUGCGAUUGAAAUUCUUAACGAUCCAACAUUGAGAGACGAACAGAUUAACAAUGUGAUGGCGAGCUCACUUAUCCGACAAACGAUCCACAGAGACCGAUCCCAACCGAGGGACCAAUCUUGGAUCAAAAGCCUACCGGUCAACUUCGGACUCUGCUAUCUAUACAACUGCGACUUAACGAUCAUCGCCCAAGAGGUUAUCAACAAGAUCUAUUCAACCAACUGCGUCAUGUUACCAUGGUCGGAGAUCGAAAGCCGAAUCGAUGAAGCGAGAUCUCGAAUAGACUUCUGGCUGUCAAGUCUUCCUACAGGACUUGACUUCACACUGAAGAAGACCGAUGACAGCCACGACCAGCUGCGCUGUAAACUGGCUCUGGGCUUUCACUACUACAGUGUACGAAUCACUCUCGGCCGCCCGUGCCUCUGCCGACGAGAUGCACGUCAAAAUGGAACCCAGCCUACAUUCAGCCAUACGAUGGCAGUCGUGACCUUAGAGUCAGCAUGCGGCAUGAUCGACCUGAUCCCCGAUGAGCCGAACGUUCUCCAACUCUACGACAUCUGUCCCUGGUGGUGUAUCCUGCGCCAAUUGAUGCAAGCUGCGAUAGUCCUUCUCCUCGAACUGUCAUUCGGGAGUGUCCACAUGCCAGAAGAGGAAGACAAAUUCGUCCGACUAGCGAAGAAAUGCAUCCGCUGGUUCUACGCCAUACCCGAACACAGCUCCCGCCGUGCAUGGCAGUUCUGCGACUCCAGCUUCCGCAAACUCGCCAGUGGCAUGAAAUACGCCGUCGACGACAUCCCUUCCCAUCCCUACCAGCCAGAACCCGACUCUUCUGAGACACCUUCCCACCUCCCCUUUCACCCUCCGCUCGCCCCAACCUCCCGCGAUUACUUCACACUGCCCCAGGAAGAACUUUCCAUCUUUGGCUCGCGCCCGGUCCCAGAAGCGGACCUGUGGACAAGCUAUUUCAACCUCCCCACUCCCGACCUGAUGUCCUCCUUCCAAAGACCCGUUGAGAUGGCCGACUCGUACUUCCCAUAUGAACCACUCAGUGAGGAUUUCAUUCGGUCUCUGUUCCCGUCUACGGAGGAGAAUCAUAGGGAACCGAAUUGA